AGUUGAGAGAAGAGAUCUCCCAACCCACCCCGCCAUUUAAAAUCCCUCUCUCAAACCCUUUCGAUUCUCUAAUUUCGUCUUCCCUCCCUUUCUUCUUCUCUAUCGCUCAACAGAACAGAGUCUCAUCCAUCCGAGACACACACAGCAACAACAAAAACAAGAACGACCAAAGAAUCAACUCUGAUGGCGAGCGAUCCGAACCAGACGCAGGGCCAACUCGCGCUAAUCCUGGGCCCCGAUUCGAGCCACUUGGAAUCCCUAAUAACGAAGCUCAUGUCCUCUUCCAACGAGCAACGUUCUCAGGCAGAGUCGCUCUUCAAUCUGUGCAAGCAGGCCCACCCAGACUCCCUUAUCCUAAAACUCGCCCAAAUCCUUCACUCUUCCCCAAACCCCGAAAUCCGAACCAUGUCCGCCAUCCUACUCCGCCGCCACCUCACGCGCCACCACGACUCAUUCCUCUGGCCCCACCUCUCCCCUUCCACGCGCUCUUCUCUCCACUCCCUCCUCCUCUCCUCGCUCCACAACGAGCCCGUCAAAUCCAUCGCCAAAAAGCUCUGUGACACCGUUUCCGAACUCGCCGCCGCCAUCCUCCCCGAUGACUCCGCCGCCUGGCCGGACCUCCUCCCUCUCCUCUUCCAGUGGGUAACUUCAACCGACCCGAGGCUUCAAGAAAUCUCUCUCCUCAUCUUCGCUCAAUUGGCUCAUUACAUAGGCCAAACCCUACUCCCUCAAUUGUCCACUCUCCACACCGUUUUCCUCCGCUGCCUCCACUCCUCCAUUGCCUCCGACGUCCGCAUCGCUGCCCUCGCCGCCUCCAUCAACUUCGUUCAGUGCCUUAACAGUUCCUCCGACAGGGACAGGUUCCAGGACUUGCUUCCUCACAUGAUGCAAACCUUGACCGAAGCGCUUAAUUCCGGCCAGGAGGCCACCGCGCAGGAGGCGCUUGAGCUUCUCGUCGAACUCGCCGGUACCGAGCCGAGGUUCCUCCGGCGCCAGAUUGUGGAUGUUGUUGGCUCCAUGCUGCAGGUCGCUGAGGCUGAGUCUUUGGAGGAAGGGACGCGGCAUUUGGCUAUUGAGUUUGUGGUGACCCUUGCUGAGGCGAGGGAGCGGGCUCCUGGGAUGAUGAGAAAGCUGCCGCAGUUCGUGCGGAAGCUGUUUGGUGUUUUGAUGAAUUUGUUGCUGGAUAUUGAAGAUGAACCGGCGUGGCACGCGGCGGAGACGGAAGAUGAGGAUGCUGGUGAAACUAGUAACUAUGGGUUUGGACAGGAAUGUUUGGAUAGGCUUUCAAUUUCCUUGGGCGGGAAUACUAUUGUGCCGGUUGCUUCUGAGCUGUUGCCGACUUACUUGGCUGCGCCUGAGUGGCAAAAGCACCAUGCUGCGCUCAUUGCACUUGCACAAAUUGCCGAGGGCUGUUCCAAGGUGAUGAUAAAGAAUCUGGAGCAGGUAUUGUCGAUGGUUUUGAACUCAUUUCGUGAUCCCCACCCUCGAGUGCGAUGGGCAGCUAUAAAUGCCAUUGGGCAAUUAUCCACAGAUUUGGGGCCAGACUUGCAGGCUAGAUAUCACCACUUAGUGCUGCCGGCAUUAGCUGGGGCCAUGGAUGAUUUUCAAAACCCACGAGUACAGGCUCAUGCUGCUUCCGCGGUGCUAAAUUUCACUGAGAAUUGUACCCCAGAUAUCCUAACACCUUACUUGGAUGGGAUUGUGAGCAAACUUCUGGUACUCUUGCAGAAUGGGAAGCAAAUGGUUCAAGAAGGGGCUUUGACAGCUUUAGCAUCAGUUGCAGAUUCUUCACAGGAGCAAUUUCAGAAGUAUUAUGAUGCUGUGAUGCCAUACUUAAAAGCUAUUCUGAUGAAUGCAAAUGAUAAAUCUAAUCGUAUGCUUCGUGCCAAAGCAAUGGAGUGCAUUAGUUUGGUAGGGAUGGCUGUUGGAAAGGAGAAGUUCAGGGAUGAUGCCAAACAGGUUAUGGAUGUCUUGAUGUCGCUGCAACAAUCUCAACUGGACGCUGAUGAUCCAACUGCAAGUUACAUGUUACAAGCAUGGGCACGGCUUUGCAAGUGCCUUGGACAGGAUUUUCUCCCAUAUAUGGGCUUUGUCAUGCCUCCUUUGCUCCAGUCUGCACAACUUAAGCCUGAUGUUACCAUUACGUCAGCAGAUUCUGAUACUGAAUUCGAUGAAGAUGAUGACAGCAUUGAAACUAUCACACUUGGGGACAAAAGGAUAGGCAUUAAGACCAGUGUCUUGGAGGAGAAGGCUACCGCAUGUAACAUGCUAUGUUGCUAUGCUGAUGAGUUGAAGGAAGGAUUUUUUCCUUGGAUUGACCAGGUUGCCUGCACAUUGGUUCCUCUUCUUAAAUUUUAUUUCCACGAAGAAGUUAGGAAGGCAGCAGUUUCAGCUAUGCCAGAACUGUUAUCCUCGGCAAAAUCAGCUGUAGAGAAGGGACAAUCACAAGGUCGAGAUGAGACUUACAUAAAACAGUUGUCUGAUUAUAUAAUACCAAAUUUGGUGGAGGCUUUACACAAGGAGCCAGAAGUAGAAAUUUGUGCUAGCAUGUUGGACGCAUUAAACGAAUGCAUACAGGUCUCUGGACCACAUCUAGAUGAAAAUCAAGUGAGGAGCAUUGUUGAUGAGAUCAAACAAGUCAUUACAGCCAGUUCAUCAAGGAAACACGAAAGAGCAGAGAGGGCCAAAGAAGAAGACUUUGAUGCUGAAGAAAGAGAACUACUCAAGGAAGAAAAUGAGCAAGAAGAGGAGCUUUUUGAUCAAGUUGGUGAUUGCUUGGGGACAUUGAUAAAAACAUUCAGGGCCUCUUUCUUGCCUUUCUUUGAUGAGCUUUCAUCGUACAUAACACCUAUGUUUGGUAAAGAUAAAACCUCAGAGGAAAGGAGAAUUGCUAUUUGUAUAUUUGAUGAUGUUGCUGAGCACUGUCGUGAAGCAGCUCUUAAGUAUUAUGAUUCUUUUCUUCCAUUCUUACUUGAAGCUUGCAAUGAUGAAUAUCCAGAUGUUCGACAGGCAGCUGUUUAUGGUGUUGGUGUUUGUGCUGAGUUUGGUGGAUCUGUUUUCAAACCCCUUGUUGGAGAGGCACUUUCAAGGUUAGAUGCCGUGAUAAGGCAUCCAAAUGCACUACAUUGUGAUAAUGUAAUGGCAUAUGACAAUGCUGUUUCAGCUCUUGGAAAAAUAUGCCAGUUCCACCGUGAUAGUAUAAAUGCAACACAGGUUUUUCCUGCCUGGCUAAGUUGCUUGCCCAUAAAAGGUGAUUUAAUUGAGGCUAAGGUUGUGCAUGACCAACUUUGUUCAAUGGUUGAAAGAUCAGAUAGAGAACUUAUAGGUCCUAACAAUCAAUAUCUUCCCAAAAUUGUUGCAGUUUUUGCGGAGAUUUUAUGUGCGGGAAAUGAUCUAGCAACCGAACAAACUGCCAGUCGGAUGAUUAAUUUAUUGAGGCAGCUUCAGCAGACUUUGCCACCUUCUACCCUUGCUUCAACCUGGUCAUCCUUGCAGCCCCAGCAGCAGCUUGCACUUCAGUCUAUCCUAUCGUCCUAAUUAUUUUGGAUUGUGUUUAUGUUUCAUCACCUUCAGAAAAUGCGCUUCUGUUGUCAUGGGAUGUCAUAGUUGCCCUUUGAGAAGCUGCUAUGUCAGGUCGAAUUUGUGUGUUUUUUAGGUCGGCAGCUGCGUCUGGGUCAAGUUUUUGAUUGCUGAAUCCAUAUUUGGUCAUGCCACCGGGACAUAUCUGAGGUAUGGCUUUAUUGCAGAGGAAGAGCAGUGUUGAAUAGGUUGAAUGAGAACCAGAGUUUUGGUGUCGAAUGUGUAUAUUGUGUUAUAGGUUGAACGGUGACUAGUUUGUGUUAUAGGUUGAACGGUGACUAGAUCCUGUCUGGAUGAUGGGGACGAGGCGUGACUGAGUCAUGCAUGACUCAGGAAAAUCGCAUAGCAUUCUUUUGUUUUUAUAACAGUUUUGAUGAGUCAUUUCUUUGGUCGUGGGAAACAAUUUGUCACAGUUUAUUUUUCAUUUUUUGGGUCAAAUUAAAUUGUAUACCCGCUGGGUUCUUCCCCCUUCCGUUUUUGGUGAGCCUACUCCCCCAUGCCCCAACUUCGUUUUGGGAAAUUUCGAAAUAAAAAAUAUGGAAAUUAUUUAUUCACAUAACCACAAAUUUUGUAUAGCAUGAUGUUGCUAAUGUUUUGGAUUUG